GAUUUGAAAGGCAAAACUAAAGACGGUCUUGCAGCUAGGAAAGAUAUGACUAUUUGGUGUGAUAGACCCGAACUUUCUGUUGAUCUAGAAUAUCAGGGCAAGGAAGUUCCAAAAGCAGUCUACCAGGUCACAGAACCACAAAAGGCAGCAAUAUUACAAUGGCUUGCGUCUCAGAAGUUUCCAGAUGGCUACUGCUCCAACUUGUCUAGAUGCGUAGACAUGAACAAACUUACCACGACGGCGAGCAUGAAAACUCACGAUGCUCAUGUAAUAAUGCAAAGACUUCUACCAAUUGCACUAAAAGAGAUGCUCCCUGAACACGUAUGGUCCUGCAUUACUGAAAUCAGUUUGUUGUUUCAAUCGAUAUGUUCCAGCGUUUUGGAUGCGGCAUCCCUCCGGAGACUACAAGAGUCUGUUCCCAUUCUGAUGUGUAAUCUGGAAAAAAUAAUGCCUCCAUCGUUUUUCGAUACAAUGGAACAUCUCAUAAUACAUCUUCCGUAUGAAGCUUUGACUGCCGGGCCCGUCUUCUAUCGGUGGAUGUACAGAUUUGAAAGAUUUCUAGGAGAGCUGAAAAAGAAAGUGACCAACAAGGCACACGUUGAGGCUUCAAUUUGUCAAGCGUAUCUUCAACAAGAAAUCUCAACGUUCUCGUCUUUUUACUUCGAGCGUGACGUCAUCACCAGAAGGAAGAGACCUGCCCGGAACGAUGACAUUGGCGAGGAUUUAUAUGAAAAUGUAGUUUCCAUCUUCAAUUACCCAGGCAGAGGUAAAGGUGCUGCG